GCUGCUAGCAGCGGCGGCUAAUCCGGCUAACGGCGGCGGUGAUGGCGGAGCUGGUGCAGGGACAGGCCUCGAUGAACCAGCCGGGGCUCAAGUCAGACGGCCUGGUCGAUGUUUUACAGAGGGCCCGGCAGAUUGUGGGGAAAAUGGGGGGAGAAGCCAUGUCCCACCUCAACAGCUCCUCAGGAAGCGUGGAGUCCACGCUGUACUACUCUGGACAGAAGCGACCCGGAGAGGACGGAGUGGGUAACCAGCUUCCAGCCAUGGGCCAUCAGAGGGUGAUGACGGAGGAGUACAAGGUCCCGGACCGGAUGGUGGGCUUCAUUAUCGGCAGAGGCGGCGAGCAGAUCACCAGGAUCCAGCUGGAGUCGGGAUGUAAGAUCCAGAUCGCCUCAGACAGCGGAGGGCUGAUGGAGCGGCCGUGUUCACUGACAGGAACGCCGGAGAGCAUCGAGCAGGCGAAGAGGCUGCUGGUCCAGAUCGUGGAGCGGUGUCGGAACGGGCCGGGCUUCCAUGGCGACGGCGAUGGCGGCGCCGCGGUCCAGGAGAUGCUGAUCCCGGCCAGCAAGGUGGGGCUGGUGAUCGGCCGCGGCGGCGACACCAUCAAGCAGCUACAGGAGCGGGCCGGGGUCAAGAUGAUGAUGAUCCAGGAUGGGCCGCUGCCGACCGGCGCCGACAAGCCGCUUCGCAUCUCCGGAGAUCCCUACAAAGUCCAGGCGGCCAAGGAGCUGGUUCUGGAGGUGAUCCGGGAGAAAGACGGGGAGUUUCGGUCCGGGCGCAGCGACUUUGGAGGCCGGUUGGGCGGAACCAGUCUGGACGUUGCGGUUCCGAGGUUCGCUGUCGGCAUCGUGAUUGGCAGGAACGGAGAGAUGAUCAAGAAGAUCCAGAACGACGCCGGGGUCAGAGUUCAGUUCAAAGCAGAUGACGGCAUCAGUCCGGAGCGCGUUGCCAUGGUGAUGGGUCAGCCGGAGCGCUGCCAGCACGCGGUCCACCUCAUCAACGAGCUCAUCCAGACGGCCCAGGAGCGGGACGGCUUCGGCUCGGCCCUGCGGAGCUCCAGGGUCAGAGGUCGCGGCGAUUGGACCAUGGGCUCUCCCGGCCCGCUACAGGAGGUCACCUACACCAUCCCAGCUGAUAAGUGCGGCCUGGUCAUUGGCAAAGGCGGUGAGACCAUCAAGAGCAUCAACCAGCAGUCCGGCGCCCAUGUGGAGCUGCAGAGGAACCCGCCGCCCUCCACCGACCCAAACACCCGGGUCUUCACCAUCCGCGGCUCCGCCCAGCAGAUGGAGGUCGCCCGCCAGCUCAUCGAUGACAAAAUUGGGGGAUCGGGGAUCAUGAGCAACGGAGGAUUCGGCUUCAGUCCCUUCACCCAGGGCCCUGCUGCCCACCAGAACAGCGGCCAGCCGUUUGUGACUGGCGUUUGGGGGAACACCUACCAGACCAGCUGGCAGAACCCGGGACAGCAGGACCCAGGUCACAGUUUGGCUCAGACAGGACAAAUGGACUACUCCAAAGCAUGGGAGCAGUACUAUAAGAAGCUAGGUCAGCAGAACCAGCCUCAGAACAUGAUGACGGACUACAGCAAGGCCUGGGAGGACUACUACAAGAAACAGAGUCAGUCGUCUCAGCAGAGUUCGGUGCCAGACUACACUGCAGUGUUAGCAGAAUACUACAGACAGCAGCCCUACCUGUGGAACCCGGCCCAGAUCCAGGAUCACUAGAGGCUCCUGCGUCUUGGGCUCCAUGGGUCGGAUGGUCGUUGACAGCAACCAAAACGGGGUUUCCAAGCAACGCUCUGCCGCUUCUUUCUUCCUUUUUGUAGAGAAAAACUAAGGAUUAACUGAAAAAUCACAAACUCUUUUCUUUCUGUUUUUUAACCUUACAGAGUUGAUAUUUUGUCAGGCAGAUUUUUUUGGACUAGCCUCUGGUCUCCACAGCAUAGACCUGAUUUUAUUUUAUUUUUUUUUAUCAAACUUGAACUUAAAGAUCUAUCAGUGUGGCUUUGAACAAAAACAAAUCCAGUAUAAUCUAUAUUUUGUCUAGUUUUAUUUUUCUGAUAAACGGUAAAAGGCUUAGCAGUCUUGAGUAAGAAAAUCAGAUAUAUUAUUUUGUUCAUGAUAAUGUUUUAAAGCAUGCGUCAGAUUGUGUUGACUCUCAGUUAUCUUUUUUAUUUUGGCAUAGAAAUAUUUUAAUAGCGUUGGAUGGAAAUGUGAUGUUUUACCGUCGGAGAUAAAACUGUAUUUUGUACUAAAUUUCUGCUCGCUGGGUCUUUCUACUCACCUGAUUUCUCCUGUUUAGUCGCCAUCUUGGAGGUGCAAUGACAUGAUUGUUUUCUUUGGUUUGAUGAUUCUUAUUCCUGUUUAUCGAUAGUGAACUCUCUAGGUUUUAUUAUGUAACGAUGAAACAAGUGGCGAUCAUAUUGUUGUCUAAAGCCAGAUCUCUCUGUGGUCGAAGACAUUUCCUGGCAGGAAGGAACCUCAGCAGUUCAGCACCAGUUUUUAUUUCCACAGUGAAACUGAAUUCUUGCUCUUAGUUUGUGUGGAGAAACGUUGAAGCUGGUCAGUGUUACCUCAGCGGGUGUUUGCUGAAUGAAUGUUUUAGCUGAAUGUAGCUGAGUGGAUGUGGGAAAUGAAUGGACGCUCACGUUCUAUCAAAAAGUCCUAAACCAAGUAAUCAGGUGAGCCUGAUGGUUUUAACAUGUGAUCACUGUUUUGCCUUGACAAAAUUUAAAAGAGCUAACAGAAUAAAAAGCUAUUGAUCUUUGACAUUUACUGAUAUUCUUUUGUAACUUGCUAACAAACUGCCAAACGAGGAGCGCUCUAUGCACAACUUUGCUUUUUCUUUCAACAAACGAAGCUCGGUAAAUCUGGCUCGACAUGCAUGAAAUAUUUAUGUCGGCCUCCCAAAUAUGCAAGUGCAACAUUUAAGUUAACAGGAACUGAAGUAACAGCAGACUGCACUUUUCUAACCAGCAAACUUCAUUGGCUUCUAGUAUUUCUCUCCAGUAACAUUUUAACAAUCUUUAAAGUGAAUCCUCUACUUACUUUCAGUAAAGAAACAAAUUGAAUAUUCUCCAAUGGAAAAAAAACAAAACAUUUAAUUAUCUGUUGAACUUGCUGAUAUUUUAACUUCCUGACAGAAACUGAGCUUUAUCUGUAUUAUCUUUAAACAAAAAAUACCUAGAUGUAAGCCGUCGGAUUUUUAUGUCUCCUCUCAAUAUGCAACUUUAUGCUAACCUGUGACAUCAUCAGCUCACAGGUUAAAGGUCAGCUCUGACUUUACAGUUAACAUCAAAAAUAGACUUUAAACUCCAAAACAUCAAACUCUGUUAAAUUUUAUUAAACUACAGGAGAAAAAUGACGACUUUUGAAAAUCCAGUAGUGAAUUUAAUGAAAUAACGUGAGAAACAACCAGCAACAAGUCAGACCAGCAGGAUUUUAGUAUUUACUGCAUUUCAUUUUUAACAUCCUAACUGUUGUUUCGGUUUGAACAAAAACUUAAAUACCGAGUAAUUUAACCCCAAAACAAUCGUCUUCCAAACUAACGCUACAUAUGUACGCUCACUAAUAUUUAAACAUCCAGGUUGCAUAUCUUUGAAAUUAUUAGUGUUGAUUUUCCAACUAACUGUAAAAAUGGGUCCAAAUUUCAGUUGAUGUUUUAUUUUCAAACUUUGGAGUUAGCGUUAGGAAGAACUUGACUCAUUCUCUGAAAUCGGUGAUGUGGAUUUGAAAUUAAGCUACUAAAGAUUUUUUAAAUAUUGCCCUUUAAUUACAAAACCAGUAAUUAAAUGGCUCCAAAGAAAGGCUGGUGUAAAUGGUUAAAUAUUAACUCCAAAAUGAUGCAUUUUAAUUUGAUAAGCUGCCAAACCUGCUUUGAAUUCAACAUUUUCCUGCUUUUCUCACGUCGCUUAACAAUAAUUUAGCUGAAAGUGUUUUAGCUUAGCGACCAGAAGCCAUUAGCUACCAGAAGCCGUUAGCUUCUUGAAGCCGUUAGCUUAACAUUGUGUGUAUGGAGCGGUGCUGACUUGUGCUUUAGCUGUGUGUGUAUGUGUGUUAAGGGUUGGUAAUGUUCCUCAAAAAGUUGUUCUGUUGUUUUCAUAAACUUGCACAAAUGUAAAUAUAUUUUUGGCUUUUCUUAUUGAAAUUCAGCUAAUUUACUGUUUAAGCUUAUUUGAUGCAAAUUUGGUAAAAUUGAAAGACUUGUUCAUUUUAUUUUUUAAGAGAUGUCAGUCCUGAAGCCUUUAGUUAUGUCUAUUUUUUGAAAUCUUUGUUUAGAUCUUUCUACUACUUUAAUUCCACCUGUUGCAGUUUUUCAGAUUUGUUAGCGAACAUGUCCUGUUAGCGAACAUGUCCUGUUAGCGAACAUGUCCUGUUAGCGAACAUGUCCUGUUAGCGAACAUGUCCUGUUAGCGAACAUGUCCUGUUAGCUACAGUUUGGUAGCCAUGUCUGACCAGCCAGCUGCUGUCGGACCACAGAGAGGUUUGUCUUGUUUCUGGAGAACUGGCUGUUAUUGAGCGCAAAUGGAAUAAGUGGUUCUGCUUUCUGUAUGAUGAUGAUGAUAAAGACAAUAAUAAUGAGUUCCUCUUCAGGGGUUUAUUUAAAUCGUAUAAAUAUUCAGUUUGUCGACAUUUUGGUUUGUGUAAAUUUCCCCUCUAGUGGCUAAAAUGUAUUUUUUUGUUCUAUUGUUUAAUUCACAUGUCUUGUUUAACCGAUCUGUGUGUGUGUGUCAGUAGGUGUGUGUGUGUGUGUGUGUGUCUGUAGGUGUGUGUGUGUCUGUAGGUGUGUGUGUGUCUGUAGGUGUGUGUGUGUGUGUCUGUAGGUGUGUGUGUGUCGGUAGGUGUCGGUGUGUGUGUGUGUGUCGGUAGGUGUGUGUGUGUCAGUAGGUGUGUGUGUGUCUGUAGGUGUGUGUGUGUCUGUAGGUGUGUGUGUGUGUCGGUAGGUGUGUGUGUGUCUGUAGGUGUGUGUGUGUGUGUCUGUAGGUGUGUGUGUCUGUAGGUGUGUGUGUCUCUGUGUGUGUAGGUGUGUGUGUGUGUCGGUGUGUGUGUGUAGGUGUGUGUGUCUGUAGGUGUGUGUGUGUGUGUCUGUAGGUGUGUGUGUCGGUGUGUGUGUGUCGGUGUGUGUGUCUGUAGGUGUGUGUGUGUCUGUAGGUGUGUGUGUCUCUGUGUGUGUGUGUCUGUAGGUGUGUGUGUCUGUAGGUGUGUGUGUGUCUGUAGGUGUGUGUGUGUGUCUGUAGGUGUGUGUGUGUCUGUAUGUGUGUCUCUGUGUGUGUGUGUGUGUGUGUCGGUAGGUGUGUGUGUGUGUCUGUAGGUGUGUCUCUGUGUGUGUGUGUGUGUGUGUCUGUAGGUGUGUGUGUGUGUCUGUAGGUGUGUGUGUGUGUCUGUAGGUGUGUGUGUGUCUGUAGGUGUGUCUCUGUGUGUGUGUGUGUGUCGGUAGGUGUGUGUGUGUGUCUGUAGGUGUGUGUGUGUGUCUGUAGGUGUGUGUGUGUCUGUAGGUGUGUGUGUGUGUCUGUAGGUGUGUCUCUGUGUGUGUGUGUGUGUGUCGGUAGGUGUGUGUGUGUGUCUGUAGGUGUGUCUCUGUGUGUGUGUGUGUGUCUGUAGGUGUGUGUGUGUGUGUUUCCUCAAGACUGCUAGGUGAACUGCCUCCUUCUCUCCCGUCCCGGCGCCGCUUCGGUUCCGACCCGCCUGUGUUUGGGCCAAGGCGGCUCCGGGUCGGGCUUCCGGUUCUGGUCGGAAUCAGAACCGGAGCUGCGAGCACCGGCCCGCUUCUGGUUCCGGAGGACGGGUUCUGGUUUUCUGGGUUCUGUUGAUUUUCUAAUGGACUGUAACCUGCAGAUUUUCUAUUAGAUUCUAUGGUGAUGAACGAGCCGCGGCUGUUGAUGAUGAUUAAUAUGAGGGCUAAUAAACGGCUCUUGUUUCUGA